AUGAGUGUUUGCGGCUCGCCUUGGCCCGACCAUGUUGGUGUCUUACUGGACUUCAUUCUGGAGCGCGUGGAAGAGCCAUGCGGCCACACUGUGCCAGAGUCCAUAUUAGCCACACCUGCCUUCAUGCAAAAAGCAGGCGGCGUAGCCAGUGGCGAGCGGCUUGCAGACAACCAGGCGCUGAAGAACGUUGUGAACCCAGCCACCCAUGAUCUACGGUUUGUCGCUCCCCCGACUCGGAAGGCACCGUUGGUUCCCAUAAUGCUGAUCGGCUCCUUGGAACUUUUAGUCGCCGAUGACAACGCUCCAAUUUAUGCGCGGGGCCUGGCCUUUUACAAGCUCCUCAAGAUUUGCGCUUCCUGUCGCAGCAACGACGUUUCUGGCCUGAACCCAUCUUCACUGAGGCUGAAUUCCCUGGACCUCUGUGGCGUGCUUGAGCGUACUAAGGAUUGGUCAGGAGCUCGACAGGUGAUGGCUGACUAUGCUGACACGGUGGCUCUGAGCAAAUCUCUUUUCCGCAUGCUGCAGCUCUUCGCUUCUGGAAAGAACAUUCUGAGAGGAAUUGGCUCACCAGCCACCUCGCUGCUAUCGGCGUGGCUCAGACGGAGCGGGCGCUGGCAUGUGGCUUCCUGUUCCGAUGAAUAUGUUCGUGCUGCCCAACAUGUUGCCACAAACUUGCAAGAGCGUUUGGUUUCUUAUUUCUGCAAUCCCAUUGACAAGUGGGGGCUUCGCAACGCGGGCCUCGAUGAGCUGAAGCUCUUUCUUCAAGAACAAGGGGAGGAUGCCGAUCUUGUGUGUCUGCAGUGCGAGCAACUCUGUUUACCGCCAGGCUGGUGUCGACGCGUGCCAGAACCACCAACCGUGUGUGCCUCUCCGGUCAGUCCGCCGGAAGACAUGCCCGAGGAGACCGACAACGUCAACGACGACUGUCCCUACUUUGUGAUGGUUUUUGGCAAGCAGCGCCUCCGUCGGCUGCGCCGUCGCGGAGGCUGCGGUGUCUCUUCUCUUGAUGUUCAAGAGUCCGAGCCUGCUUGGUCUCUUCGCGGACUAUCUUAUGACCUAGCCUGCAAGCACUGCUGGGCAGCUGGGGAAGUUGCAGUGUCCGAGGCCGAAGAAGCAGAUGAUUCCGGCGAGCCAGCGUCAUGUUCCGACAGCAGCAGCGACAGUUCCACAGAACAGGAGUCCUGCUCCUAG